AUCAGCCAUCAGAGGUGCUAACCACUGAGCCACUGUGCUGCCACCAGUGUCCAUCAUGAAUACUGCUGCCAGGCUCAUCCACCUUACCAAUCAUUCAGUGUCCUCCACCCCUCUCUGCCAAUCCCUCCACUGGUCCUCCUUUCAGUGUCCUCCACCCCUCUCUGCCAAUCCCUCCAUUGGUCUCCAUUCAGUGUCCUCCACCCCUCUCUGCCAAUCCCUCCACUGGCCUCCACUCAGUGUCCUCCACCCCUCUCUGCCAAUCCCUCCACUGGUCUCCAUUCAGUGUCCUCCACCCCUCUCUGCCAAUCCUCCACUGGCUCCACUCAGUGUCCUCCACCCCCUCUCUGCCAAUCCCUCCACUGGCCUCCAUCAGUGUCCUCCACCCCUCUCUGCCAAUCCCUCCACUGGCUUCCAUUCAGUGUCCUCCAUCCCUCUCUGCCAAUCCUCCACUGGCCUCCAUCAGUGUCAUUCACCCCUCUCUGCCAAUCCCUCCACUGGUCUCCAUUCAGUGUCCUCCACCCCUCUCUGCCAAUCCCCACUGGCCUCCACUCAGUGUCCUCCACCCCCCUCUCUGCCAAUCCCUCCACUGGUCUCCAUUCAGUGUCCUCCACCCUCUCUGCCAAUCCCUCCACUGGCCUCCACUCAGUGUCCUCCACCCCUCUCUGCCAAUCCCUCCACUGGUCUCCAUUCAGUGUCCUCCACCCCUCUCUGCCAAUCUCUCCACUGGCCUCCACUUCAGUGUCCUCCACCCCUCCUCUGCCAAUCCCUCCACUGGCCUCCAUUCAGUGUCCUCCACCCCUCUUUGCCAAUCCCUCCACUGGCUUCCAUU